AUGUCGCCCACUCGCCGCGCCCUUAAGUUGCCCUUAUCCCAGAAGCUGACAUGGACCCUGCAUGGAAUAGAUGCGAAAGAUUCAAAAUCCAAUUCCAGUGAAAAGGGAUUCACCGAUUCCCACGAGACAGUCUCGGAAGCGGUGACACCGAAAGCAUCAGCCGCGAUUAGUACAAGCACCGCCAAGUUGGAAAAAGGAACCGAGGCAAAGAUUUCUUCCAUAAGUAAACCACCAGACACACCGCCGACGCGUCGACGUCGUUUGAUCGAUGCACUGGCAGCCGAGAAGAGUAUUCAAUCUAGUCCAAGCCCAAGCUCAAGCCAAAACCACAACAUUGGCGGAUUAGACCAUGUCAGCAACAAGGAGCAUAAACAUGCUCGAGUCGAACGGCCUAGCUUUCGCAAAGAGGCUCCACUGCGCAGGGCCGGCUCCGAUAGCAGUGUGCUGGAGAGGAGGAGGGUCAAAUUCACUUACAGCCAAUCUCGAAGUUUUAUCCAAGCUUCCCAGGAAUCAAGCGCGGCUGAAUCUACCGACUACCCCUCGCUCAUGGACGAAAUUGAUGAACCGAUAAAGAGACCACCAUCUCCAACCCCCGACGAAGAUGACGACGACGAUGACUUGAAGAACAAGGUUGCCAUCCGGAGUGUGCACGAACUGCGACGAGCUGGUGCCAACAACCGGUCAUCAGAUGAAGUGGACGAUCUGCUGUCAAGAAUUGGGGCUCCAGGGUCUUUGGCUUCAUCCAUGCGUCGAAAUGGCUUGUGUGAGCUAGCGAGCAAGCUACAAAAGAAGGAGUUUAUGAAUCAGUUUCGUGAUCAUGCAUCUCGAGACAACAUAGCCAAGGGAAUCCGCCAUGAGAAAGAUACCAUUAGCGGAUUUCUCCUUGCAGCCAUCUUUGUCAUUUUCCUAUCGGCUGAAACCGCGCCACAUCUGCUUCACCAAUUAACUGAAAACCGAGUAGGCCUGUGGUUGAGUAAUCUCAUUAUGAUGCAAGAGGAUGUUACUGCAAUUGCGGCACAUAAGUCGGCAAAUAUGUCGAGAGCAGGUAGAAGCGCACUGGCUGGCGUUAAGAGCGCGCUGCUAGAAAUGGACUUGUGGCAGGGUUACAAAUUGCAGCAACUUUCUCCACGCACCAUCUCUUUGCAACUGCUCUCUAUGCUGGUCAGGCUAUUGGACCCGCAUGAUGUCCGGGUUCUGUUGGAUGAUACUUUUGCAAGUUUUUCGCAAUUGAGAUCCAGCUUUGCAAAGGAUGAUUCCCGAGACGAAGUCGAUUAUGCUCUUACCAUUCUCAUUAUGGAGGCGGAAUCCAAUUCCACGACGCCGGCCGAGGAACCAUUGAUGAAGAUACGGCAAGAGAUGUCUGACAUUGCUGCGUUCCUCCAAAGCACGCUGCAAUGCUGGCCGAGAACCCGUCAUAAUAUUGACGCCACAUUAUUAAAGCUGGCCAUCAAUACGACCAACAAUGAAACGAGGGCGGCUGCACUUCAAACCAGUCAGCUGAUGUCGAGCCUGGUGUGCUGCAUUACUUCUGGAUUCUCGUCCGUCCAAAGUGCCAUACAGAACUCGGCAUUCGAAAGCAAUAUAUACGACGAGCUUUCAUUGAUUCUCGGCAUCAUGAUUAAUGUUUUGGAGCAUUGCUCGGAUGCCCGAACAUCCAUCCAUGCAGACGAGAUUGAUAAGCUUGUUGCGACCUGGUCUGAAAGCGAGCGAUCAAUAGAAACGACGUCCAAACUCGGCAUCGCAUACAGCUACCUGGCCAUAAUCCUGGGCUAUCUGUAUUUGGGCCAUACGGCGCUGCCGCUGCCUAGUGGCUUGGUUCCAGCUAUCCAACAUUUCAUCAACAUAAAUAAGACGGUCAACAAUAAAACAGCAGAGCUGGAGCAUCUUGUGUAUAGCCUGACCCGGUUGCGAUAGUAAGAGCAUUUAAGAUACCAUGUAUAUAUAUGUACCACAAUUACAGGAUGAAGUACCUAUCUUGGUAAAAAUAAGUUACUUGAAGUUAUAGAAAGUCCUCUAGGUACUAAUAUGCUUGUAUAUCAUUUCUCC